AUGGCACUUCGACUGCCCCGUCUUGACAAGGAUGUGUUCACGAUCCAGGAUCUCAAAGAACGAGCCGACAAGCUCCUGCCGGUCGCCGUCAGAGAGUUCUUCAACGAGGGGUCGAUGGAUCUGUUGACCGUCCGGGACAAUGAGCAGGCCUAUGAUCGCUACAAGCUGCGGCCCCGAGUCAUGAGGGACGUCGGUGAGGUCGAUACGUCGACCACCAUCUUCAACACCAAGGUGCGCUUUCCCUUUGGAUUUUCUCCAGCUGGCAUGCAUCAGCUGGCGCAUCCUGACGGGGAGAUUGCAACCUCACGUGCUGCGGCCGGAAACAACAUCGCCAUGGCGCUCUCGUCCUAUUCUACCAAACCACUCGAAGAUGUGGUGGCCCAGGGGAAAGGCAACCCGUACGGCAUGCAUGUUUGCUUCUUCGAAGACCGGAGAAUCACCCUCCAGAUCAUUCGAAGAGCGGAAGCUGCCGGCUUCAAAGCUCUCUUCGUAUCCGUCGACACUCAGGUCCUGGGCCUUCGACUCAGCGAGUACCGAAAUGCCCUCGCACUCCCACUCGGCAUGACCACGCCCAUGCUUGUAGAUGACGAGGCAGGCAUGGGCGUAGAUGACGAGAAGUCAACCGCCGCCCAGAGUGACCGUCUCUCGUUCGAUCCGACGCUGACUUGGAACGAAACCAUUCCUUGGCUUCGGAAACACACCAAGCUGGAGAUCUGGUUGAAAGGAAUCACCUGCCCCGAGGACGUCGCUCUUGCCAUAGACUGCGGCGUGGAUGGAGUGCUGAUCUCCAAUCACGGUGGCCGACAGCUGGAUGGCGUCCCGGCCAGUCUCGACGCAUUGCGAGAGUGUGCUCCUGUAGCGAAAGGCAGGAUCCGACUUGCUGUCGACGGGGGCAUCCGGAGGGGAUCCGACAUCUUCAAGGCUCUUGCGCUAGGCGCCGACUUUUGUAUGGGAGGUCGGAUCCCGCUAUGGGGACUGGCGGUAAGUUAG